CCUGCCCCGGGUUUUUUUGUCAAACACAGAGACCAAAGCCCAGCGGCUGCGAUGGCUCAGCAGAGCCCCGGCCCUGUGCCCUCCCGUCUGAGCCACAGUACUGGCCACGCCGAGGGGAUGCUGCAAGGAGGGCACACGGGACGCCCUCGGCAGAGCUCGCAGCAGCUGUGGCACAGCCAGAAAGAAAAGAAGGCAAGGUGGGCUUCAGUGUAAGACCCCCCGAGCAGGGUGAGUGCCCGGGGAGCAGGAGCCUGGCACCUUCCCCCUCCGCGGGCAGCCCGGUGACGCGGCACCGUUCUCUCUCGCAGGUACAUCGGGGCGCUGGGCGCGAGGGUGAUCUGCGAUAACAUCCCCGGGCUGGUGAACAAGCAGCGGCAGCUGUGCCAGAGGUACCCCGACAUCAUGCAGUCGGUCGGGGAGGGAGCCAAGGAGUGGAUCCGGGAGUGCCAGCACCAGUUCCGGCACCACCGCUGGAACUGCAGCACCCUGGACCGCGACCACACCGUCUUCGGCCGGGUCAUGUUGCGAAGUAGGUUCUGCCCCGUCCCCUUCCCACCGCCGCGUGCCUCGGCUCCCUGGGAGGCUCUGCUCUCGCUGGGCUGCCGUGCCCGGCCGGGGGCUUGGAUUACUCCCUUGGGAGGACUUUGCCUUUCCCUGUAAAUUAAUCAAGCCGUAAUGGGAGCAGAGCGCAGCGUUUGGAAUAGCUGCACCAGAUGAGAUGGAGCAGGGGGAGCACUGGGGGGAGAAGAGGGAAGGAGGAGACACCUCCAGAGAACAGGCUCAUAUGUAAACAGUAAUGGGAUAUAUAAAUAUUUGGAGAGCAGGGUUGGCCAGGACUCAGCAGUUCACGUGGGAACGGGCUGUUCCCUCGCAUGGCAAAGGGAGACCAGGCAGCGCCGCGGCUCCAGUCCUCGCUGUGGGCUCCGAGGUGGAGGAGGACCACGGCGAUGGGGUCCAGCCCUGCCCGGGAGGGACCGUCCGCUCCUGGCGAGGGACAGAGCGACACAGGCAGGGACGUGCCCACUGGGGGAAGAGGAAAGGUGCGACGGGGACACGGCCAGGGCAGCUCCGGAGCAGGAGCAGCAUCGUGGGCUCCAGCGGACGCCGGCGUGAGCCCCGGGACAGAUGCUGCUGCGCCCUGUGACGUGCCCACACGGGCUCCAAAUCAAAGGCGGCUGGGAAGAGCCUUUCCCUCGCCAGGAGCAGCCCAUAUGGAGGACAUGCAGCAGGGAGGCCGCCUUCGUCUACGCCAUCUCCUCGGCCGGCGUGGUCUACGCCAUCACGCGGGCCUGCAGCCAGGGGGACCUGAAGGCCUGCGGCUGUGACCCCCUCAAGAGGGGCCGCUCCAAGGACGAGCGCGGGGAGUUUGACUGGGGCGGCUGCAGCGACAACAUCAACUACGGGAUCCGCUUCGCCAAAGCCUUCGUGGACGCCAAGGAGAAGAAAGUGAAGGACGCCCGGGCGCUGAUGAACCUGCACAACAACCGCUGCGGGAGGAUGGUGAGUGCAGUCCCCGCGACCUCCCCAGGGCAGCGGAGCGGGACCCGGGUGCCCGGGGAGGGCAGGUCCUGUCCAGUGCCCCCGCACGCUCUGCCCGGGGAGCCCCCAGCUGCCCCCAGCACGUGUCCCCGCUGGCGUCGGUGGGAAUGCGUCCUCCGUAGGCAGCACCUCUCCCGGCGGGAGCCCCGUGGGCGCAGGCAAGGGCUGGGGGGGACCAGGGACGAGCAGAGGCAGGCGCAGGUGCCACCAACCACUGGUCCUCACCCCCUCCCUCCUCCCACAGGCUGUGAAGCGUUUCCUGAAGCUGGAGUGCAAGUGCCAUGGGGUCAGCGGCUCCUGCACACUAAGGACUUGUUGGCUGGCAAUGUCAGAUUUUAGAAAAACGGGGGAUUACCUAAGGAAGAAAUACAACGGGGCCAUCCAGGUGACGAUGAACCAGGACGGCACUGGCUUCACGGUGGCCAACAAGAACUUCAGAAAGCCCACAAAAACAG